AUGCUGCUUCAUUUCGUCGCAAACGACCUCGAGGUCCCCUUGCAGAUUUGCGUGUUCUUCCUGAUCACAUCUAUACAGCCUACAAGCUCAUUUGCUGCUACCUUAAGAGGCCCAAAGGCACCAGUGAUUUGGUAUAACACUCUUGGAAUAACAUCGAGAUCCGUCCAAGUUUUCCGGGGGGCUCCCUGGCCUAAGGACGAAUUAACGGCACUGAUUCGGAAGCAGGCAGAGGCGAGGUUCCCCGUUCCGCUGGCAAUUGAGCUCAAGAAGGAUGUUGCAGGCACGAAGGCCAGAGAUGAGGCCAAUGGCAAGUCCCAUGUUGAUCCAGUGCUGGUAGGAGCUGCAAUUUCACUAGUUUUGGACUGUCCCGACCCAUCAGCACUUUUGUUAGAGAUUUUGUACGAUUUAAAUCCUCGACUCAGUCUUUCGGAAACAUGA